AUGAGCUUGGACCAGAACUUAUUUACAUUGAACGUCAUCCCCGAUGCGGCGAAUCCCGCAUUCACAGACUUGGUGGACCCCAGUGGCGAGGCGCACUACAAGAAGGAGAGGCUCAGCGAGCCACCAUACAGGAUGAAUCUGUACGACCCGCACUCUGAGGCCCUCCUCGCAUCGGCCACCGCCCCGGACGCCUCAAGCAAGACGAAGAUAAUCGAACUGCACAACCCGCCUCUAGCAGUCGAGCUUCGUUCUAUCGGCACGAUCUCCUUCAAAUGGGGCUUCAAAUGGGAAGACCACGACUUUGAAUGGAAACGCGAGAACUGCUUCAUGGUUCGCAAGCCCGACCCAGAUGUGCUCGUAGCGGUCACGAAGGAGCCGCCGGGCCGCCUCCGUACAAGCGCUGUACAGAUCCUCGACUACAACCUCAACCGCUUCGACAUCAACGACCGCAAGGGUCUCGAGAUCGUCAUCCUCACCGCGCUCCUCACCUUCCACGACCUAAACGCAGCAUUCAACUCCGUCCCUCCUCCCCCAUACACCGCUCUCCCACCUACAACAUCCCCUGCACCCACGCCCCCACCGCCACCGCCUAAACCCGAGCCAAAGACCGGUAUCAACCGCAUAGCCGAGAUCCAAGCCGCGCGUGGCGAGAUCAACGAAGUGACAGUCAUCGACGAAGGCUCCGUAGAAGACUACGCAGCCUACGGUGCCCAGCUCCUCGCGGACGACGCGAUGCUCUUCAUCUCCGUGCGCUCGGACACAGCCGAACAAGUACCCAAAGUCCUCGCUGUCGUCGAAGAGCUCAAGCGGCAACGACAUAAAGCGGGGCUCCCGGACGACGGGCUGCAUCAGUAUGUCGUGUACGAUGUGAAGCAGCCGAAGAGGAUCAAUUUGGACGAUCCGCCCGCGGGGGCGUCGAAGGAGUACAAGCCGCCGGACAGUCUUAUGAUCCAUCUCAGCCACUCGUGCAGCAAAGCAGCGCACGCCGCCUACAACACCGAAGGAGCCUUGCCCGCAGCCAGCCUCCGCCUCAGCCACCCCAUCACUCUCAUCCCGCCUUCUCAAGUCACGACGUUCCCCAUCACAACCCUCAAUGCCUUCCCCGAACCCUCCAGCACCUCAUGCCCCUCAUGGUUCAUCGCGUCCACCUGUACCUUCGUCAUCGUCUCGACCUUCGCCACCGGCAGGACGUCCCACACCAAGCCCAUCAUCACGGCCAAGUCCGGCGCCAGGCUCUUCGCGGCCGUCCGUCUCACCACGGCCAGGACAUAG